AUGGAGGGCCUCAACCUGGCAACCAGGGACCAAAUCCAGACAAUGGGGGGGGCUGUUCCAGGCAGCGGGGCACCCCAACCUAGCAACGGGGGGCCCAAGCCAGUUGGUGAGCCACCCCAACCAAACAACGGGGGGUCCCAACUAGGCAAUGGGGGAUCCCCCCCAAGCAACAUCGGACCCCAGCCAGGCAGUGGAGGAGCCAACCCUGGCAAUGGAGGGUCCCCCCCAAGCAUCACUGGGCCCCAGCCAAGCAGUGGAGGAGCCAACCCUGGAAAUGGAGGGCCUCAACCUGGUAACCCAGGACCUAAUCCAGACAAUGGGGGGCUUGUGCCAGGCAUCGGGGCACCCCAACCUAGCAACUGGGGCCGAAACCAGGUAAUGGGGGGCCCGAGCCAGGCAACGGACGGCCAAAACCGGGCAACUGUGGACCUCAACCAGGUAGCGGAGCGCCCGAAGCAGGCAAGGCAAAGUGCAAAGUAA